AUGAUAAAGCCUAAGUCAUCACGUCAACAUCAAUACAUCUUGGCCGCGACCGAUUACUUCUCUAAAUGGGCUGAAGCAAUUCCUUUAAAGGAGGUACGAGCAGACAAUGUUACAAACUUCAUAAGGAAUCACAUCAUCUACCGUUAUGGGGUUCCAUCGAAGAUAAUUUAUGACAAUGCAUUGUAUUUCAAGUGCAAGUCCAUGACCAAGUUGUGCGAGAAGUACAAGUUUCAACACUCGUCUUCCGCGAGUUACAAUCCGUCCUCAAACGGACAAGCUGAAGCUUUCAAUAAGCUAACAAACCCCGACGAAAACACAAAUGUGAGACUGGCAGAAUUGGAAGCUCUAGACGAGAAAAGACUGGCAGCUCAACAAAGGCUCGAAAUAUACCAAGCUCAGGUUGCAGGGGCAUUCAACAAGAAAGUUAAGUUCAGAUCUUUUUCAAUUGGAGAUUUUGUUUUAACUGUCCGAAGACCCUUUGUCAUUACCAGGAAAAUGCAUGGUAAGUUUGAGCCCAAGUGGGAGGGGCCCUACGUCAUUACUAAGGUUUUCUCCAAGGGUGCUUACAAGUUGUCAAACUCCGAAGGCAAGUGCAUAUAUUCUUGUGUGAAUGGGAAAUUUGUCAAGAAGUUUUAUGCCUGA